AUGACCAACGACCAUUACUCUUCCCAACAAGAUGCUGCAAAAAAUGACGAUCUUACACCGAAGCUGACUGGAGUCAGAUAUCUAUUGGAACCCCAUGUUGCAGAAGAGUGCCGACGGGUCAUGGCCUCUUUCAAUCGGAGGCUGAAAGAUGCAAAUAAACCUAUCGCUUACUGGGAUGAUGUCGCGCGAGAACACUUUGCGCCCAACGCUCAGAUGAAGCUGACAUUAUGGAAGUGCGAUGGGUCGCCCCGGCAGACACCAGAGGCUAAGCCAUACGUCAUAAAAUUCCCCCACCUUUCGAGGUUUUUUGCGACGUUCGCUGAAGAAGAUGCACGUUCCAUGGAGUUCUGCACCAAUGACACAACUCUGCAUCCUCGACAACUCGAUGAAACCGGCUCGCCUCUGAUCGCAUAUAGUAAGGCUAUGUGGAUAUUCACGUACGGCGGAGGCGAGCGGGUUUUCGCAGAGGGGCCUCUCAGCAUUUUCUUUAAGCCGUACGGAGAUGGGCAUUUCAUCAUCCGCAACAUAGCGUUCGACGCAAUAGAGCACAGCUCGACUCGCACCGGCCGCGGAGCACAGGUGGAGAGUCGGGUCAACUUCUUCGGCAUGCCGCCGUCCACGCUACGAUGCUUGGACAAUUGUUAUGACACAGAGGGAAUGCGCCAAAUGAAUCAAACGCGCAACGUGCCGACUGCAGGCAUGAAUAAUACCGCAGCUGGCGGAAUCUAG